AUGGGUAAAGGCGGUCGCAUCUUGUGCAUAUUUACUCCAUAUGCACUCACUAUCGCCUCGUUAGUGUGCAUCAUCAUUGUCGGCCUGGGCUGCACAAAAUCCAGCUCCAGUACCCUCAAUGACCUCUACUUCUUCAGGGCGGAUCUCCAGAACCUCACUACCUCAUCAACGACAACAUCAAAAGUAACCUCUGCUCUCGGCGCGGUCGGAGUCGAUAUCUCAACCAGCGACUUGGCCGCCGCUCUCGAAGAGGCACGGAAGCAGCUCAACGUUAAGGACUUCUACGAUAUCGGUCUCUGGGGUUACUGCGAUGGAGAUAUUAGCAAUGGCAACUACAAGACCACCAAGUGCUCCGAUCCCAAGGCCCAAUUCUACUUCGACCCCAUCGAUAUCUGGAAGCUCAACAACACCGGUGUCAAGGAUCUGCUGCCUGAUGGUCUGGAAAAGGGAUUGAAAGUGUACAAGAACGUGUCUAAGUGGAUGUUCAUCGCCUACAUCGUUGCCUUCGCCGCCACCCUUGCGGAGCUCGUCGUCGGUCUUUUCGCCAUCUGCAGCCGCUGGGGUAGCUGCGUGACCAGUCUCAUCUCGGCCGUCUCCUUCCUCUUCAUCACCGCCGCCUCCGUCACAGCGACCGCUCUCUUCGCCGUCCUGAAAGGAACCUUCAACGAAAACCUCAAGCAGUACAACAUCAAGGGCUCCAUGGGCAAGAACAUCUACGUCGCCACCUGGCUCGCCGUCGCCUUCUCCCUCGGCGCUAGCCUGUUCUGGGUCAUCUCCUCCUGUUGCUGCUCCGGCCGCUCCCCCUACAACAAAUCCAGCAAGCCCCGCGGCAUCACCGCCGAAAAGGCUGCCUACACCUACGAGCCUCUAGGCCCACACGGAACUUCCACUCCAGCUCCCUACGCCAACACCUCAUACCCACCUCCUGCCGCGCACGCGGACCAGGGCCCCAUGCAUAACACGCGGAAUAGUGCCUACGAGCCCUUCCGCCAUGUCUAG